AUGAAGCUAGAGAAAGCACCUGAGAUGGAUUCAGAAGAUUCUGUCAGUCAGUGGCCGAUGCAGAGAAUCGCAGCUGCUAUUUUUGUCUCCUUGUGGUCAAUGGUUAUGGUCGUCCCCUGCUUGCUCUUCUUCAGAUACAGUUUCCAACACCUGAUAGCGACGAUCGUUCAAUUCAGAAAAUUGAAACGAAAACAGAGUACAACGGACAAGGAACGAGCUAGACAAAUGCUCAGUGCUAACCCAAAACCACCAAUUCCGGAAAUCGACGCCGGCGACUUCUUCAAUUUAACCCGUCAACUCAAGGGCCGUAGCAAAGUGUUCACAUCCACAAAAUUUAAUGAUCGUAUUUUGCUAGCUCAGAUUCAAAGAAGGCCGACCCACAAGUUCGCUCAUUUUUCGAGAGUGGAAACGUCACUUGGAACUCGCAACUGA